CUCUCUUUCUCUCUCUCUAGUCUCAGUCUCAGUUUCAACUCUCUCUCUCUCUCUCUCUCUCUCUCUCUCUCAAAAACCCCUCACCGAGGCUAUGACUAUCUCGUCUCUUCUUCAAAACCCCUUUGAAAUGAUCCCUUCUUCUUCUUCUUCUUCUUCUUCUUCUUCUUCUGCUGUCAAUUUAGUCCGUCUCCACCUAGGAGAAGUCCAUUUCCAUGCGAUGAAAGCUGCAGAGGUUGAAGAAAGCUGUAACGAACCUCAAAGGGUCCAUUCACGCCCAAUCAAUCGACCCUCUUCAGCUGAUAUCAUGUCACCAAAUGCCAGUCGACUGUACUCGGCCGCAGUAACCAACGGCACAAACAGUACCACAAGCUUGAGCCCAGAGAGGGUCUUUUUGUCUUCAAUCCCCGUCAACGGCCUGAGCCGACAAGAUGCAAUCGCUGCAAGUGCGGGCUACCGCCUGAACAUGGACUUACACAGCAGCAGCAGCCAUCAUGUCGUGGGUUUCUGUUUUCUGCCGCCACCUGAGCUUGCCGAUCUGAACUACGCGGCGAGGCGCAUCCCGGACCUCAACUUGCCACCAUCAGAUGUCUCAGCUUCGGAGCUGGUCCUAAGAAUCAAGGACAGAAACAUCCUCCUAUUUAUCGAUGCUGUGCGUUCGUUGGUUGUCAAGCACGGGAGCCCCGAGGAGCUGGCGGAGUACAUGAAGAACAAGAGCAGCUUGACCAAACCCCAGCUUUGGAAUCUUGAUUCUAUUCGGAUCUGGAAUAUGCUGUCCCUCUCCCGGGGAGGUGAAAUUGAGAAGGAGCUGGUGGAUGAAGGCCUGGUCGAAGCCCCAAUUCGCGUCGAGGAUCUUCCAUCGCCGCUGGAUCUGGUCCUCGCUCCGCCACAUCACUAUAAGGCCUCCGGCAACCAAGAUGCUAGGAUUGAUUACAAGUACAAGCAAGCAUCAACUUGGUUCGACAACAACAAAGAGACUUUGUCCUCGGAUGCUCGAAAUUAUGAUGUUGUUGAUGAGGAAGAGGUCCAGCGCAGCGGUAAUUAUGAUGUUGUUGAUGAGGAGGACGAGAGCAGCGGUGAUGAGGCUGAUCAUCAUCAGGACCAGAAGCGCAAAGCGGUGGCUGUUAUGGACGACCAGGAUCCGUAUGAUCAGCAUCUCCAGAGGAAGAAGGCCAGGCACUGUGGAGCUCUUCGUAUUGAUGAGCCCGCCAAUCCAUGAGUCUGAAGCUGCAGAGGAGAGGACUCAUCAUCAUCAGCCUCAACCCACCAGUUCAAAUGCCCCAUCCAUCCAUCCAUCCACUUUUUUCUUUAAUUUUUUUCUGCAAUUAUAUAUACACGAAUGUAUGACUUUAGUUAUACAUAAAUAAGAUGCUGGUCUGGAUCCAGGCUGGAAGUUUUUCGGGUAUUAUUAUAUACGGAUGUUCCGAUGUUGUAUUAUCGGGACAUAUAUAUUUAUGUCUCCUUGAUUGGUUUGUUAUUGCAAUGUAUUAGAAUAAUCAAUUUG